AUCUCGUCUACUCCACUCACUCCUCUUGCUCUCUUCUCCUUUUCUGCUCGACCGCUGGCCAGAUAUACACACCGUCUUGUCCAGCUUCGAUCCUCGUCAAUCCUAGAUAGCUGGAGGAUAUAUCUAUCAGGAACUCAGCAUGUCCAACUGCAUCGACGCCUCGGCCACGCCAUCCCCGGAGCCGCCCCCGCCGACGGCGGCGCUGGACUACGACGUAGUGGUGAUCCUGGCGGCGAUGCUGUGCGCGCUGGUGUGCGCCCUGGGGCUCAACUCCGUGCUCCAGCAGUGCGUGGCGCGCUGCACCCGCCGCGCCGUGGCCGACCCCGUGGGAUGGGUGGCGCACCGCCGCGCCAACGCCGGGCUCAAGCGCGAGGCCCUCGUCGCGCUGCCCGUCGCCACCUACGCCUCGCCGGCGCAGAAGCAGCAGCAGCACGCGUCCGCCGCCGGGUGCGCCAUCUGCCUGUCGGACUUCACCGACGGCGAGACCAUCCGCGUGCUCCCCGUGUGCGGCCACCGGUUCCACGUUCCCUGCGUCGACAGGUGGCUCGCGGCCCGCUGCUCGUGCCCGACGUGCCGCCGCCGCCUCUCCCCCGACCGCGGCGGCAGCGCCGGAGAAGGAGUGCACCGCGGCGACAUGCAAGUCCUGAACGCCGUGUGAUGAUACUACUUCUCUUUCUACUAUGUCGGGUUCCGGCCAUAACAUGUUUUGAUGGUUUGCUUUGCUGGCUGGCCAUCAUGAGAGCUUUUUUUCAUUUUUGCCAAUAAAAGACCACCAUGCGUUUAACAUUA